AGAUCCCAGCAUCCCGCGGGCGGGCGGUCCGGAGCGGCUGAGCCGGUGGCCCCGCCGGCCCCCAACUCCGCGAGUCCCCGGCCCAGGCCCCCUCCCCGCCGCCACCAUGCAGGAGCUGAUCGCCAGCGUGGACCACAUCAAGUUCGACCUGGAGAUCGCGGUGGAGCAGCAGCUGGGGGCGCAGCCCCUGCCCUUCCCCGGCAUGGACAAAUCGGGUGCUGCUGUCUGUGAAUUUUUUUUAAGAGCUGCCUGUGGAAAAGGAGGAAUGUGUCCUUUCCGACACAUCAGUGGAGAAAAGACAGUUGUCUGCAAACACUGGCUCCGAGGGCUGUGCAAGAAGGGAGACCAGUGUGAGUUCCUUCAUGAGUAUGACAUGACCAAGAUGCCUGAGUGUUAUUUCUACUCCAAAUUUGGAGAGUGCAGUAACAAAGAAUGUCCGUUCUUGCACAUUGAUCCAGAGUCUAAGAUCAAAGACUGCCCCUGGUAUGACAGAGGCUUCUGUAAACACGGUCCCCUCUGCAGACACAGACACACUCGAAGAGUCAUUUGUGUGAAUUACCUGGUGGGAUUCUGUCCGGAGGGGCCCGCUUGUAAAUUCAUGCAUCCUCGAUUUGAACUGCCUAUGGGAACCACAGAGCAACCACCACUGCCUCAGCCAACACAACCACAGCAAAAGCAAAAUAACAAUCCGCCAUUACAAAGGUCAUCAUCCUUGAUCCAGUUAACGAGUCAGAACUCUUCUCCCAACCAGCAGAGGACCCCACAAGUCAUCGGUGUUAUGCAGUCUCAAAGCAACAACGUGGGGAACAGAGGUCCCCGGCCACUGGAGCAGGUCACCUGUUACAAGUGUGGUGAAAAAGGACAUUAUGCCAACAGAUGCACCAAAGGACACCUGGCCUUUCUAAGCGGACAGUGAAACAGCAUAGAGGGAGGAGAGUGCAAGGAGGUUCUUUACAUUGGGGAAAGGUUUCCACCUAGCACUAUUUCUUGAACUAUCGAUCAGUUUUGUUUUGUUUUUUAACGCCAUUAGUGAAAGAACUGUGGCCAGGGGCUGGCUGCUGAUAAACAUUUUUGUAACUGUCCAAUUUUUUUAUGUUUUAACCUUUUAAAAUAGAUCUUGGCCUCUGCCUUCUUUCACUGAGCCUAGUUGGGAGGCAGAUCUAACGGCAAAUAGAUGUGCAAACCCUCACCAACGUAGCAUUCAGCGUAAUACACAUCUUGCUCCAGUGUGUUUCUGUAAAGGAUAGCCUUUGGGAACCUCCAACCUUUCAGCAAUGCUUCUUCAAGGAGGAAGACAGACUGGAAGAACUAGUACUUGAAAUGCCUCCCACUUCAGUGAGGGAACUUGUCAUGGAGUUCUUGAAAGGAGGCCUUAUGUUCCCUUAUUCAAUCUGAGGUUUCUUAACCUCCUCUGAUGGCUUACAUAACAUGUUGUGUACCAAGAUGUAAAGUAUCUGUCUGACUGAAAUAAAAGUUUGUUUGCUUUGGCCAGAA